AUGGCAUCUUUCCCCUCCCAGGGCGAGAACCUUGGAGUGAAGGGGGAGAGCUACAAAAAAGGUUUCAUGUCUUGGCUCAUGGUUAUCCAAGGUGCUGCCAAGUUGCUCCUGGCUCAUAGUGCCCCUGUGAAUCAACGUCAUCCCCCGAAACAUCCCCUCGUUAACGGCCUGGCUCAGGCCUCAGGCCCGGCUCAGCGGAGGGCCACCGUGGGGACCACCCAUCUCCUGUACUCUCUGGCCCAGCCAGGGCUGACGUCCGGAGGGGGGUCGAAGGAGAGGGCCUCCCGGCCCGGGAGCGGAACAGCCACGAGCCGCCCAGCUGCAAGGGCGCCUGCCCGGCCGCGCGUCAUCCCGCCCGAAAGGGGGGCGCGGCGGAGGAGCCGCUCGCUCGGAGGGAGGCACCGGGACGACCCUGCACGGCACCCCCGCGACCCCCGCCCGAGACCGAUCCCCGAGCUCUGCCCGCACCGUCCCACCUCGCGGGGCUGCUCUGAGGAAACCAAUGGGGCCGAAGGUGAGGGACCUUCCGAUAGCGCCCCGCGGACUCUGCCACGGGCAGUCCCGCCCGCCGGACCCAGCCCGCCCGCCCGCCCGCCCCGAGAAGAGCCCGCGAGGCCCGCCGUGCCGAGGGAGGGCCCUUCGCGCUCUGCACGCGCCCAGAGGCGCCGCCCGGACUCACCGCCUGCUGGAGGUGCCCCCUCCCUUCUCUCCGCGCGGGGCGGCGGCGGCGGCGGCUGGUCCCUCCGGGCUGAGGCUUCGGGCGCGGCCAGCGGAAGCGAGGGGUGGGGCCUCGACCUCCUCUGCCCCGCCCCUGCCCCGCCCCAGGCGGGCGAGGCUUACAGGCCAGAGGGGCCGGGCGACCCCGCGCGAAUGCGCAGUCGCCUCCCAAGCGGCGGCCGGUUGUGGGCGGGGUCCUGCAAGGAGUCCACGGGCCCGCCCCCCCUCCGCCCCCGCCCGGCUGCCGUCCUCCUCCCUCUUGGGGGGAUGCGCCCCUGGAGCCCUCCUCCCUGGAUGACGGCUGCGCAGUUCCCCCCAGCCGCCCAAAGACGUAGUUUGCUCAAGAAAGCACCUCCCCCGGAUUUAUGGCAUCCAGAGACUACUUCAACUCAGCCAAUUCUGAUUAAUGGAGAGAAGCACUAUGAAGUCUCUGCUAUCCGCGAUGCUCGCAUCUAUAGUAACCGCUUGCAGUAUUUGGUGUCCUGGAAAGGAUGUUUACCUGGACAUGAUGAGUGGGUGGCGGCAGAACACAUCAAAGCACCCAAACUCAUACAAGACUUCCAUCGUUCUUGUCCAAGCAAACUGGGGGGAGGGCCCUAGGGGAAGC